AUGUAUAAUAUCAAAUCUUUAGUUUCCUUUAUAUCCAAACAUCUACCAUCAGUCUUCAAGGAACUAAGAAAAAUUGGAAAACAGUUAUGGUUAGCAUUGGACAACCAUCUCACAGACUUUGCAAGCAAGUUAAGAAACAUAAGACCCCUCAAUUCAAAGUUGACCAUCCCCAUUGCAAUAUUAACUGGUACCAAAGAAUCUUAUCGUUCCAUAUAUCGGGCAAUCCAAAAUCCAAAUGCUAGAUAUAUAAUGUUGGCAUCAAUCACGGUUGGUGGCACCUGUGCUUGUGGGGUGAUCAUUGCAUUACAACUAAAUGGUCGUAUUAAAAAUACUUCUGAACAUUUUAGAAAUGUUGGUCAAGUCUUAGAAGUUGCUCAAAACUAUGUUACACUUUUUACAUCUCUUGGUACUAAGAGGACUGUUUUAGUAGAUAGUCAUGAUCAUCAAAUUUUGGGUCGUGUCAGAUAUUUCUUUAGCAGUUACUAA